CAUGAUUACGGAGGUUUUGACUCCUCCAAAUACAUGGAAAAAAAAAUAGACCAUACUCGUAUCUGAUACUUAAACUUGAGUCUAAACAAUUAUGUCCAAGAUAAUCUUGUACCACCAAGCUUAGUACUGUUGGAAAAUAUUUCACUCCAAGCUACAAUUUACAUCAAAUGAUUCCAGAUUUAGUCUACUUGAGGGCCCAUUACUUUAAAGAAACAGAAGUUUAGAAGUUAAGAAAACACUAUUAAGUGAAAAUGAAACUUUGCAAGAAAUCUUCAAGGGAGUGGCAAAUGGCUUCACCAGGAUUAGGAUUUCCAUUGCAGGCCUUGGAUAAUAUAAUAUUAUUGCAAAGAAAAUAUAUAAAUAAAUUCAAUGGCAAGAAAAAAAAAAUACUAAUAUACAUGAAUUAAAAAAGAGAUAAAAAAAAUACUAGUCAACAACACUAACAAGUUAUCUGUAUAAAUUUAUAAGAUCUUUGGUCUUUGUUGUCUGGGGUGUGAUCAGACAUGGGAAAGGCAAGCAAAUGGUUAGUAAACUUCUUGCUAGGGAGAAAAGAUGAUAAAGGAAAAAGGAAGAAUUUGUCCAUAUCUUUUGAUGAAGAGAAUUUGGUUUCAUCCCCGUCUGCAACUCCAUCGUCCGCAUCUUCGUUUAAGCGGAGAUGGAGUUUUGGGAAGUUGUCGAGUAAAGAUCGAGCUCAUAAGAGUUCCCAGUCACUUGACUCAAUGACUGCAACUCCACUUUUGAAGCAAGCUAUAUUCAAUAUGGGGAUCCGGCAUGAUAAUACGAGGGUUUUCACAAUGGCCAUGAUGAAUUCUAGCAGAAGGAAAACAAAAGCAAGAUAUGCAGCAGUGGAAAAUGCGGCAGCGACCCAGAUUCAAGCCGCUUUUCGUUCGUAUUUGGCAAGGAAAGCAUUGCAUGCUUUAAGGGGACUAGUAAAGUUGCAGGCAUUGGUUAGGGGUUACUUAGUGAGAAAACAAACAACUGCUACUCUCCGAAGCAUGCAUGCGUUAAUGUCUAUACAAGUUCGAGCUCGGUUUCAGAGAAUUCAGAUGGCUGACCAAUCACAACUUGAUGUAAAAUCCCAAUCAUUAAGAUAUGGCAGGUUUCUCCAGGAGAUGGAGUUCAAAAGAUCACAAAGAGAAGGUAUUAAUGAAAAACAUGGGCUUGUGAAGAGCCAAAAUGGUUUAAUGAAUCAUUCACAAAUGGAGAGGAUUGAGCAAGGAAUCAUCAAAUAUUACUCAGGAGAGAUUCCAAUCUUAAAGAGGCAACAAAAGCAUGAGGAGUCCUCAUUCACCACACACAACAGUCCGCGACAUUCUCCUCCGAUGUCGAAGGUAACGCCUGCUAGAUCCUCUUUCAGUUCUCAUGAUUAUCCAUACAUGCCGAGUUACAUGGCAAACACACAAUCUUCGAGGGCCAAACUCCGGUCACAAAGCGAACCGAGACAACGGCCUGCAUUGAACUUCAAAGCCAAAGGCAAGAGAAUAACUUCGGCCGAAGAAAUGGAUGAUGAUAUUCUUCCACGUUAUUCAUUUUCACAGUCGAAAGGUAUUGCGGAUGAACAUCAAGAUCCGUGGAUUGUCAAACUUUAUCAAUCCACAAUUACACCAAAGAUGGAUACCUCUUCUUACAAAUGAGGUAAGUCAAGUGUUCACUGCAGUAGGUUCAAGAUUGAAUCUUUGUCACACGGACUCGGGAGUAAAAGCUGGAUAUAGGUAUAUAUCCGACACGAAUAUAUUCAGUAAACUUCUAUGUAUUUGGAAGUGCUUGAAAGAUGAUAUGUGAAAUCCAUAUCUGAAUAUCUGGUAGGGUACACAAGUAUCCAACAAUGAUACUUCAAAAAAAUUGAAGAAUUAGAAUAAUACAGGAUUUAACAGAUGAAAAAGAAUACAAUCUUCUGCUUUUAUAUGAAUGAAAAGAUUGCAAAUACUUUCAGAUUCUAAA